GUCGCUGUGGAGAGGAAAAAGAGAGAAGACGUUUGUUCUUGGAGAUACUCGAGGAAAACAGGAAAAUAGCUGCUGCUGCUGCUUCUGCUGGAUGUUAACAUGCAGCGCUGCAUGCCUUAAAUAAAACACACACACACACACACACACACACACACACACUCACAGACAGACACACGCUGCUGCAGCCAUGCCAGGAAUACCUGCUGAAUAUCUGCUGCUGCAUGGGACGUGAUGGAUACCGCUUCUACUGAUGGAAACUGACACUGGUGACAGCGACAGAGGAUAAUAAUGAUGGAAGGCAGAGUGAUUCGUCCCCAGCUGGAGCCACGACAUUCCUCAGCCGCCCCUCUGCUGCUCAGUGUCGCUCCCUGAAGGAUACAUCGACCUUGACAUAUCGUGCCGUUCGUGACAACCUGGCACAGACCACGAACGACUCAAAAGGUUGCCUCUCGUCUUUGCCAAGAGCUGGUAGACAACAGAGGGCCGACGAAGCUUCGGGGACCAGGCGUCAGCAGAAAUCCACUCUGUCUCGCUGCAGUAACAAAUGAGCUUUUAUUUGUGAAGUUAACAGUGCUAACAGCUGACUCCAUAAGGGCCAAUUACUGGCUGAAGGGAAUACGGGGCCAAGAUGAAGGAGACAGCAGUUGUGGCUUGUUUGCUGGCUGAGCUGUCUUUGGCUGCUUUUGUUCUGGCCUCCGAGGGGGCCACUCGCUGCCCCGCAUUGUGUCGAUGUGAGAUACGACCCUGGUUCUCGCCCAGCUCUAUUUACACCGAGGCUGCCACUGUGGACUGUAAUGAUUUGGGCCUCUCAGCGCUGCCGGAGAGACUCCCCUUGGAAACGCAGGUGCUGCUGCUGCAGACAAACAACAUCGUUAAUGUGGAGAAAACUUUGGAUUACUUGGCCAACAUCACCGAAAUCGACUUGUCUCAGAAUAACAUUUCCUCGGUGAGCGAUGUUUGUCUGGGGUCGCUCCCCCAGCUGCUGUCACUCCACAUGGAGGAGAACUGGAUUCAGGAGCUUUCUGACGGCUGCCUCGCUUCUCUGCCCAAUCUCCAGGAGUUCUACAUCAACCACAACCUGAUUUCCUCCAUCAGCCCUGGGGCCUUCCGGGGCUUGGGCAGGCUGCUCAGGCUCCAUCUCAAUUCCAAUCGACUGACAAGGAUUAACAGCCAGUGGUUCCAGCAGCUUCCCAGCCUGGAAAUACUGAUGCUGGGAGAAAACCCCAUCCUCGAACUCUCGGACAUGAACUUUAAACCUCUGGCUAACCUCAGGAGCCUCGUGCUCGCCAGGAUGAAUUUGACUGAAAUCCCUGACAACACUCUGGUCGGUCUUGAGAACUUGGAGAGCAUCUCGUUUUUUGACAACCUGCUUAAUCGUGUCCCCCGAGCAGCGCUGACAAGAGUCCAGAACCUGAAGUUUCUGGAUUUGAAUAAGAACCCCAUCGAGAGGAUCCAGAGAGGAGACUUCAUGGAUAUGAUGCAUCUCAAGGAGCUCGGCAUCAACAGCAUGCCUGAGCUCAUAUCCAUCGACAGCUUUGCCCUGAACAACCUGCCAGAGCUGACAAAAAUCGAGGCCACCAACAACCCCAGGUUGUCCUACAUCCACCCGAGGGCGUUCCACAAACUCCCCAGGCUAGAGACGCUGAUGCUGAACAGCAACGCUCUGAGUGCGCUCCACCGCAGCACCGUGGAAUCCCUGCCCAACCUGCGAGAGGUCAGCCUGCAUAGCAACCCCAUCCGCUGCGACUGCGUCAUCCGCUGGGUCAACAUGAACAGGACGGCAGUUCGGUUCAUGGAACCGGACUCCCUGUUCUGCGUGGAGCCUCCAGAGUACCAAGGCCAGCACGUCCGGCAGGUGCACUUCAGGGAGAUGAUGGAAAUCUGCCUCCCACUGAUCUCACCUGGGAGCCUCCCAGAUCGGGUCGAGGUCGGUAAAGGGAGCUCAGUGUCGCUGCAUUGCCGGGCGUUUGGAGAACCGGAGCCGGAGAUCUACUGGGUGACGCCACCAGGUGACAGAGUUUUACCCGGCAGUGUGUCUGACAAGUACUACAUGCACCCCGAGGGAACAUUUGACAUCUACGACGCCUCGGAGCAGGAGGCUGGCUCGUACACCUGCAUUGCCCACAACCUCGUCGGUGCAGACCUCAAAUCUGUGAUGGUGGUGGUGGACGGAUACUUUGCUGAGCCUUCUAGCCAACCUCUACAUGUGUACAUCACAUCUGUCCAGUCUCAUUCUGUGAUGGUUUCCUGGGAGAGUGCAGGUGGUUUGGUAUCACAGCUAAAUUGGUCCGUUUUAGCCGGGGGCACCGGCCUUUUGUUGCCAUUCACAGCCCGGCUCCCUGCUGAUGUCAGAGAAUACCACAUCAAACAGCUGAGGCCAUCCACUCGCUACCAGGUUUGUGUGGAGGUCACUGCAGCACAGUCUGGAUACAACAGGGACUGUGUUAACGUCACCACAAAGGAGGCAGCUGUCCCAAGGGAGAAACCCGAAAACUGGGACGGUGUGGUGAUGGCUGCUUGUGCUGUAUUUUUUAUUGUGGUCGCCGUGGCUUGCUCUGUCAUCUACACAUCUCUGUACAGCCAAGUGUUUUACAGGAAACUGAUAGUGGACCCGGACGAGACGCUGCUGAUUCCUAGCGAUAAUUCCUCCUUCUCCUCUUCGUUCCUGGAGUUCGGUGCGUCCGGGGUCAAGGUUAGGGCGACUGUAAUAGACUUACCGGACAACUCCAUGUAAGAAACGUCCUUGUCGGUAAAAGCACUUUGGGAUUAUGCGAAGACAAAGAGUGAUGGGGCACCAGACAAUGUAAUUUACGUGCCCUCUUUUCACGACUUGGAUGGGGACAUUUUGCACUUGAACUCAUACACAAUUACAUUUACAUAACCGACUAAAAGCAGAGACUAUUUUGUAUUUCAAACUUGUAUCAUUAUAACAAGCUUAAUCAGGCAGAUAUCUUGACUAUAAUCUACACGGCUACUGGUCAUUCAUGCAGUGCAACCAGAGUAAAGCACAGCACAGUCUGUCUUAAAUACCUUGUUGAGACGGCUUUGAUGUCUGCAAAAAGCAUUUUCUUUGCUGUGUUACAUUAAACGGUGCCAAGCGAAGAUAGUUUAUAAUGGCAGGAAAAAAAAUGUUAGUCUAGUGUACAAUAAAACCGACUGUAAUGUAAACAGUUUUAUGAACAAAUACAUUUUUCAUUAAACCUGUGUGGUGUCUUGUACCUACAA